UGACUCGACAUUUAAUCUCUAAUAAACCCAAAAGAAUCUUUAAUAGCGUUCAAGAUGAUGUCAUAAACAAGGCUACCAAAUCCACCUAAAGUGAGUAAGCAUCGAAAUAAAGGCAGCAUCCACUACCACUACUAUUGAAGACCAUUUGCAAUUCAAACUUUGUCCAAUAAACACUGCUAAUUUUUUACUUGUGUUGUGACAACCAACUGUAGAUCUACAGAGCCCCAAAAAAUGAAGCUUUUGCUCGUUUUUUUCAUAUCGCUUUUUGCGAUCGCAUCCGCUUCUAAAAUUGAAUUUGACAAACUGAAAUUCGUCAUUCAGACAUUAGGGGAACAUCCAAAGAAUCGGCACCUGUCGAUUGGAUUGAGCCGCCAAAAACGAGAGAUUGAUUCUGUCUCUACCAUCAGCACGGAGAUAGCGAAUCCAACUGCUGAUGUGUCUACAGAUGAAAUAACUCCGGCCGCAGAAAUUCCAUCUGCACCCAUGACAACUAUUGCUGAAUUGACAACAACUUCCGAAGAAACCGCUACAACAACAGAAGUGCCCAGCACGCUCUCGGUUUCCACAGGUGAUCCCACUUUUACAGUCUGGGCAGUGAAUCCCAGUACGGAAUCAACAACUCUGGCUGCGGAAACGUCAAUUCUGACCGACCAACCGACUGUCGACACACUGAAAAAUUCGAUUAAUGAAGCGACUACAGCCGGUGAAAUUAUUCCGUCGUCAGAACCAGCAGAAAGAGCAGAUGGAGAAACAUUGACCUCAAUUUCUACAAUAAGUAAUGUAUAUCUUUCCUCGGGAGCUCUGGACGCUCUGGAAAUGAUUGUAACUGUUGCCCCGAAACAAGUGAGUAUUCCGGCUGCUGAACUAACUUCGGUACCUAUCGAAUCGACUAUUCCGGUUCUGGAAACGACAUUUGUGGCUGUUGAACCGCCUGCCGGAACUCUGUUUGACGAUCUUUCAAUUGAAGCGGUCCCAGUAGUACCUUCAGCAAAAAAUCCGGCUUCAGAAGAAAAAACAACGGAUAUGGAUGACGUUCCGAUCACUGAUGACAUGAAAAUAACUUUAACUACCGAAUCGGCUAUUCCAAUAGAAACCACGACUGAAACCAGUACUCCACCAAGUUUUCCUGCGAACGCAUUUGAUAAAAGUAUUGAAGAUCAAAUUAAGAGAUUAAAAGAUAUUAGAGCACUCCUCAGAGAAACAAUUAGAAAAAGUGAAAGAAACUUGGGCAAUUUUCAAGUUUUACUUGAUGGUUCCUUGGUGCCCGGAUCCAAAUCAAACAAUAUCGCUGCGCGCUAUGCCCGCUUUCUACUUUCGAACGCGGAGGAAGUAAAAAGUAAUGUUAAAUUGUUUACUGAUUUUACUGAAAAAAUCCAACGUAAACCAGGGUAUCAAAAACUAGAAAAAGUGAUGAACUUGUGGGAGAAGUUACAGAAUAUUCUGGAAUCCUAUCCAGGCGUUUCAACAAGUAAAAGUCAACCGGAUUCUUCUUCAAAUGCGUCCACUAUCGGGGGAUCAGAGAUCGGGGGAACAGAAAUUUAAAAAAGUCUCUAAAGAAAGACAUUGACAAAUUUUCGGAUGUCAGAAACAGUUUUUUUUAUUAAACUUGAAUAAAUAAUUGGUUUGAAAUUGGAAGUAAUACAUCAA